GUCCCUUUAAGAUAAUCCAUUGAAUUUGUGCAAAUGGCACCUGCAAAAUAUGCGUUCAAAUAUGUAUAAUACUUAUGAAGACGGUGGAAAGAAUGAAUGGCUGGUACUCUACAUACUGUCGGAGGUAGUAUCGGAAGGUAGCAUUGGAAAACUGGCCUUAAAAUGUAGCGCCUCCUCGUUGGUAUAUAUUGGGAAUUAUUUUCUGAAACAAGCCGUUUUACUAGGAGACUGGCACUAGGCAAAACUAUACGGCACAAAUAAGUGCUAGGGAUACUAGAUUGCCUUCAACAACGGCGGGAGUAGACAGUAAUUGUAAGCGUAAGGAGCAGGAUUAAAUAAAGAACGCUGGUGUGAAUUCAGGAAGAAAACUCGGUCAAGAGGAUAUUUAACGUUCCUAUAAGAAUUGAGCUUAAAUUAUUUCUGUGGCACAGUCGCUUAAUGGAGACUUUGUCUGGAGUGUUCACUCAUUUAUUUCAAUAUAAUUAUUCGUAGAAGGACAGAAACGACAAAAUCAUCAGGAAUAUCUUUCCAAUACCUUUAAUAAGGUUUUAACUAAAGAAUGCAUUUUUUUAUUGACACGUAGAGGAUAAUUAUAGAUUCUUUGACAAAUGAAAUGGAAAUGCCUUAUUGGAGUUGAAACAUUGAGUGUUUGAUGUAACACAUAGUUAUUGUUGAAAAAAGCAAUGCAACAGAAUGAAAGCACGAGGAACUUGUCCAGUCCUGUACAUGAAGAUAGGGAUAUUUUCAAAGAUGGACGGCUUGGUAUGUCGAACGUCGUUAUAAUGACAGUCGUUUUAUUCGCCAUAUUCGUCGUGAGUUUUGUUGGAAAUAUUACUGUGUUUGUGAUAUUCUUCAAGCGGCCAGUGCUUUUGACGAUUUCUAAUAGGUUUAUAGUAAAUCUAUCAGUUUGCAACAUUCUUCAGACUGUUGCCAUAAUGCCUUUUGUGGUUACAUCGCUUAUUUCUCAAGAGUGGUGGUUCGGGUCAUUUUGGUGCCACGCUUCGGGAUUUGGAAUGAACCUGAUUUUUACUGCAAGUACAUUUACAUUGCUCCUAAUUGCCAUAGAUCGUUAUUUGGCUGUUGCAAAACCAUUACAUUACUCAAUGACGAUGACAAGCAAACGGGCGUCCGUAAUGAUAGCUUCAGUUUGGUUUUCGGCCAUUUUGUGUUCACUACCACCACUUUUAGGAUGGAACAGCUAUGAAUUCCAGCGAUACAAAAUUUCAUGUAUGACAGUUGCAUAUAGUAAACAGCAUAGAGAUCGAUCUUACAGCAUUUUCCUUGUAACAGUGUGUUUUAUUCUGCCUUCAUGCAUAAUCAUGUGGGCAUAUUGUUCUAUUUUUAAAGCGGCGAAAGUAAGCAGCGAAAAGGUGCGGCGGAACAGUACAAUAUCAUCUGGACUUAAUGAUUACUCCGAGUUAUCACUAAGAGGGGGUCGUCGCAACAGCUCUGCGCAAAUUUUGAUGCACAGGCUUAUUUGCAGCAGCAAAACCGGGUCAGUUCUCUGGAGACGCGAUGAGAGAAAGGCCGCGGUGACUAGUUUUAUGGUGUUAUUCACAUUUAUUUUAUGUUGGUUGUUGUACUUUAUCAUUAUUAUUCUAGAAUGCCUUUUAGACGAUCAAGAUCGUAUUGACCCCGUCGUUAAGACGUUGUCAGUGUUACUUGCCCUGUCGAGUUGCGCAAUAAAUCCACUAGUUUAUGUGUUUCGCUGUAAACUUCAGAGGGUUGAAUUGAAAAGCAUCUUGGGUUUAAAGCAGGACAGUUUAAAUAGGGAUAUGUGCAAAGGAAAUCGAAAUGAGUCAAGAAGACCAAGUUUUAACCCGAACUGCAUCCGACAAUCUCCAUGCAUAUCACGGGAAGGAAGUCAAGAAUCAGAGGUCAUUGAAAUUCUUCACCACGUCAAUACAGCUGCGACAUUGACCUCAAUGAUUAUUCAGGAAGAGGACGAAAAAUUGGCAAUGACAAAAAUAUAAAUGGAUAUUUAUAUUGGUUGAAUUUAUUGUUUGUCGACUUGACUAUAUGUUAGUUUCUCUUUUUUUGUCAUUCAAAGUAAUCUACUUCAAAGGUUAAAUUUGUUUAAUUUAUUUACCACUUCGAUACAGUGUUUCUAUCUUAGCUUAAAUGCCUUUGGUCAUGCGAUUAUAGUUUUUUUUAGCUCAGCAGUUAUGAAACAUAACUUUUGAGAUUUUUAUUUAAAAAAAAUAUGUAAUAAAAACAAUCAGCACCUCUUGUUAAAUUAUACUUUCAGGCUACUUAUCUCUGUUUUACA